GUUACAGUCAUUCCAAUGGCUCUUGUCGAUCACGGACGAUGAGAUUUCAUGAUCCCCCCUUUGCAUUACGGGAAUAUCACUCCAGCGUCGACGCAGUGCAUGAUCCAACUGGAUUUCCCCCCCUCGUUUAACUGCUAAAGGAUAUUUUCGCAUGCCUACAGACUAAAGAGACACGGAGAGCACGUUCAAUGCCGUUGGAACAUGUCAUAUGUUCCCUUUCAAGAUGCGAGGUAUGCUGUCCCCCCCUCCUACAGACAACAGCCCUCCUUCGCAGCUGCUCCCUCUUACGAGCAACCCGACUGGAACCCUCGUCUGUGUGUGAUCUCUGGAAAUCAGCUCUACAUGUUGGACCAGGAGGAGAUUCACCCUUUGUUGAUGCGCGAGCAGCGCUCCGAGUCGCACAGGAACAAGCUGCUGCGACGGACGGUCAGCGUGCCUGUGGAGGGAAGGCACCAUCCUGAGAUGGAAAACGCUCGGCUCCGGCGGAAAAGCAUCGCCACCGGGAAACAGCCAAGCAUGGAGAUCCCACCCACUGCCCCCCCUCAACCCUUUCGACAAUCCAGUUUCCUCAGUAGAAGACUGAAGGGGUCCAUUAAGCGGGCCAAGAGUCAGCCCAAACUGGACCGAACCAGUAGCUUCCGCCAAAUGAUCCUCCCUCGUUUCCGCAGCGCCGACCAGGACCGGACCCGUCUGAUGCAGAGCUUCAAGGAAUCACACUCCCAUGAGUCUUUGCUGUCUCCAAGCAGUGCGGCCGAGGCUUUGGAUUUAACACUUGAUGAAGAUGCCGUCAUCAAGCCUGUUCACUCCAGUAUACUGGGACAGGAGUACUGCUUUGAGGUGACAACUGCUUCAGGAACAAAGUGUUUUGCUUGUCGGUCAGCUGCGGAGCGAGACAAAUGGAUAGAGAACCUACAGAGAGCUGUCAAACCAAAUAAAGACAACAGUCGUCGCGUUGACAACGUUCUGAAGCUGUGGAUCAUCGAGGCCAGAGAGCUCCCGCCCAAAAAGCGCUAUUAUUGUGAACUGUGCUUGGAUGACAUGCUAUACGCCCGCACCACCAGCAAACCCCGAACUGAUACUGUGUUCUGGGGUGAGCACUUUGAAUUCAACAACUUGCCAGCUGUCCGCAACCUCCGCCUUCAUCUUUAUAAAGAGACAGACAAGAAAAGACGCAAGGAGAAGAGCACAUACUUAGGCUUGGUAAGUAUCCCCAUUUCCAGCAUCACCGGUCGCCAGUUCGUGGAGCAGUGGUACCCAGUCAUUCAGCCCAGCAUCCUGGCCAAGGGUGGGGGUGUGGGAGGGGGCAAAAUCAUCAACGCCUCCUUACGACUCAAGUCACGCUUUCAGACCAUGAGCAUUCUACCCAUGGAGCUUUAUAAAGAGUUUGCAGAGUAUGUAACCAACAACUACCGAACGCUGUGCGCGGUUCUGGAACCAUUACUGAGUGUCAAGAGUAAAGAGGAAGUUGCCUGUGCACUGGUACACAUCCUGCAGAGCACGGGGAAGGCCAAGGACUUUCUUUCCGAUAUGGCAAUGUGUGAGGUGGAUCGAUUCAAUGACCGAGAGCACCUUAUCUUCAGAGAGAACACACUGGCCACCAAAGCCAUAGAAGAGUACCUCAAACUCAUUGGACACAAGUACCUCAAAGACGUUUUAGGUGAUUUUAUCCGAGCCCUGUAUGAAUCAGAGGAGAACUGUGAAGUUGACCCAAUGAGAACACCGCCUUCUGUAUUACCCGAACAUCAAGCCAACCUCCGGAUGUGCUGUGAGCUUGCACUCUGCAAAAUCAUCAAUUCUCAUUGUGCAUUUCCAAGAGAACUGAAAGAGGUGUUUGCAUCCUGGCGCGUUCGUUGCGCAGAGAGAGGAAGAGAGGACAUUGCAGAUCGACUCAUCAGCGGUUCCCUCUUUCUGCGGUUCCUGUGUCCAGCUGUCAUGUCUCCGUCAUUAUUCAACCUUACGCAGGAAUAUCCCGAUGAACAAACUUCACGUACACUCACUCUCAUAGCCAAAGUGGUGCAGAACCUGGCAAACUUCUCAAAGUUUGGCAGUAAGGAGGAGUACAUGUGCUUCAUGAAUGAGUUUUUAGAGAUGGAGUGGGGCUCCAUGCAGCAAUUCCUGUACGAGAUCUCCAAUCUAGAUAGCGUGAGCAAUGCAGGAGCCUUUGAGGGUUACAUAGACUUGGGAAGGGAGCUCUCAAUCCUGCACAGUCUUCUAUGGGAAGUUAUGGCACAACUAAGUAAGGAUGCAAUCAUUAAACUUGGACCAUUGCCCCGCCUUCUCAAUGACAUUAGCAUGGCCCUUCGUAACCCUCAUCUCCAAAGACAGCCCAGUCAUCAGACAGACAGACAGCCUCCAGAGAGACAGACAGACAGAUUGCUCUCCAGACCGAGCUUCAACAGGGGUGUCUCAUCGGAAUUCCAAAACCUUAUGAUGAGAGACCUGAACAGUUCAGUUGAGAUUACUCGCCUGCCUUCUCCAACCUCUGCGAUGUCCAGCGGUGGAGCUCCUCCAUCUCGGCCUGGAAUUGGGGGAUUUGCAGACCGAGAUCAUCCUCACCGAGCCUCAUCUAAAGACGUUUUCUAUGUUGCCCGCCCCCCACUGGCCCGGUCCAGUCCCGCGUACUGUACUAGCAGUUCUGAUAUUACUGAUCCAGACCCAAAGGCCUCCAUUGCCGGCCUCGGCAGCUACGGUGGACUCGCAGGCUUGGGAGGAGGACUCGGAGGUCAGCUGCGUGCCGGAGGACGCAUGUCGGCCGGAUCCGGGGGUUCCAGCAUGUCCGGGGGUCUGAGACUGAGCCAGAUGGGGACCACGACCGACUCACUGUCCCAGCAGCAACAGCAGCAGGCCGCCGCCCUUCGCUACCCCCUCUCCUUCCAGAACCCUCUGUUCCACCUCGCUGCAGAUGGGCCACAGCUUCACCACCAGCACAGUCGGGCACAACCGCCUCCUCCGCUCCUGCUCGCCCCAGAGCCGGACUCUUCACACCCCUCUUACAUCCCGCAGUUUGCCCACGGUGGGUUCUCUCGAAGUGAGGAUCUCUCCAGCCUCAGACCAGGACCUCAUCUGGGUCAGCCGAGCAUCAUUCACUCCCACAGCUAUAGUGAUGACUACACUCGACAUAACCAGAGCGACUACGGGCGACGACAAAUCCCAAUGCAUUUGCAGGAGCAGCAACAGAUGACAGGAAUGACAUCACAGACCGGCACAUCUCAUUCUUCCCUUGCCACGCCUCCUUCCACUGUUCAGCCUGUCCGUCAAAGCUCCAUGGUUCCUCCCACUCAGCGAAUGAAAUUACAACCCUCGCUUCAGCUGUCUGUGAGUUCUGCCGCUGGCGCCCCUACAGGCAAGACCAGACCUCAGAGCGGAAACCUGCUCCAGUCCCCUGAGUCAGGCUUUGGGGGCCGGCAGCAGGGCCCUCGACAGCAGCUGUCCGUCAAAGACAAUACUCCCCCGGGUCUACCCCAUCAGCAGAGCUCCACCAGGGAGAGCCAGGGGUCCCAGGGCUCUCAGGGCGGAACUCCACAGUCCACACAGCAAUCCAAAUCGCAUCAGGAACGCCAGCAGGUCCAGCAACAGCAUCUACUCAAGCCUACCAUGAGCAAACAGGGCUCUUCACAAUCUCCUUCCACCCUCAAUCCCCUGACCCCUGCCUCUGAGCGAACCGUCGCCUGGGUGUCCAACAUGCCCCAUCUGUCUGCUGACAUCGAGAGUUCCCGCAUCGACAGAGAAGAAUUCAAGCUGAAGGAGUAUUCAAAGAGCAUGGACGAGUCACGCCUGGACAGGGUGCGUGAAUAUGAAGAGGAGAUUCACUCCCUGAAGGAGCGUCUGAUGAUGUCACACCGAAAGCUGGAGGAGUAUGAGAGGAGGCUGUUAACUCAGGAGCAGCAGACCAAUAAAAUCCUGCUGCAGUAUCAGAGCCGACUGGAUGACAGUGAGAGGAGACUCAGAAUGCAACAGAUGGAGAAAGACAACCAGAUUAAAGGAAUUAUUGACAGACUCAUGGCUGUGGAAGAUGAGCUGAGGGUAGGGGUGGUGCCUGAGAACAAACCCAGGAUAUUCGCAGAUCAGGGGAGGAGGCAGUCCAUCCUAGUGCAGCCGCGUCUUGCGCCCGUUCCACUGCGAAUGCACAGCCAAUCACAAAGCUUCAUGGAGGACAAUCUGGAACCUAAUUGGAGGCCUCAUCUAGGACGUUCUUCGGGUUGGCCAGGUUUUAAUUCAAGGGCACAUUCACGUGAUUUAGUUGGUUGACAGAGGGGAAAUUGAGGCUUUGACUUGCUAACAGUGCCAAAGCCGAUCCAAAGAAACAAAUAGGUUCCCUUCCUCUGAUGUGCCCUCUCUCUCUAUUAUAGACAUUGUUUUGACAGUGACAGUGACUGUAAGAUGACAGUGUUUGGAUGCUUAGCGCCUGUCAGACAGUUUCUCUGUGCCUCAUAAUGGCUAGGAAGCACAUGGGAGACAUUGAGUGGUUCAUUGAGAGAGCUGGAGAAAUUCUAAGGAUCAGAUCCAAAUCAAAGUUGCUGAUUUUUAGUUUCUUUACUAACUACGUGAAGGAUAUUGAUGCUCUACUUGUUCUCAUUAAGAUCAUGCCUGCCUAUGUGUCGAUCAUGUCUUUUAUUUUAGGGAAACUGAAUAUGCACAGCCCUUUUCUGUUCAAAGAGACGCUUCAAUUAAAAUUCAGCAGAUAUGAUAGGGGCUGGAACUAUCCGAACUUUGUUUCUCAUGUCCAAUAUGGCAGUUUUCUACUUUGUGACUGGACCUCACCUAGAUGAUAUCACAUAAUUUACAUGCUGGUAAUGUGAGAACUGCAGAAUCGAAAAAUAAUCCUUUUUGAUAAAUUACGUGACGAUCUCUUGAAACAAUCCUUUGCAAAGAAGUUUUGUUGAAUUACGAGAAAAAUUAAAAAAUGACAACCUUUUAUUUUACCUGCUCCCCCCCCCCCCCCGACCAUGACCUGGAUUCUCAACAGCUCAUCUGCGAAAGAAAGAUGACUUUUUUACUUAAUUUAUUUAUUUUCAACGAUUGCUGUGGAGUUCUUUAUUUAUGGACAAUCAGACACCGUUUGGAAGUGGAUCCAUUUAUUCCUCUUGUUUAGAAACUUGGCAGUCACACGUUUGUUGGACUGUGGGUAGUUUUACCGGAGCAAAGCCAAGUUGCUGUUUUAAAUGUAACUUUAUUUCCUUGUUUGGAUUCCAUUGGCAGGCAACACGAGCAUUUCUCUGCUUCCUUUUUUCACCACUAGACAAAAAUAUAAAUGUUGAGAGAUAAUGCAGGUUGAAUAAUGUUGUGGGUGACUGUAUGUAUAUAUACAGUGUGUGUACAGUCUUUGUGUAUAUACUGGAUGUAUGGUUAUAUAAUAUAAAUAUUCAGUAUAUGUAUUUGUACAUACCAUAUGUUUGUAUAUGCAGUGUACAGAAUGUGUUCUUUAACACCAAUAUCUCUUUUUGUCAAAAUGUGUGGAAAAGAAAAAGUGCAACUUUCUGGAACUGAAAAAGAAUUGCAUUGGCAACUUGUUGGCAGCAAUCUUUGGAAGCACUUUUUUGCUCAGGCUGAUGCAUUGCUAUGCAUCUGCCACAUAUUUUGCCAAUCUGAAGCUUACAGUCAUUUUCUCAUUGAUUGAAACGUUUUGUAACAGUUUCUGGGUGACCAAGCAAUGGUUGUACAUAAAUAUAUAGGCUAAAUACCUACUGUAUGUAUGCAUAUAUCAAUUUUUCCAGACAUGAAUAACAUGCCAAUCUUUGCAGCUUGCAUCCCCUCUUGCUUUCAAUUUCAACAUUGCCGUGAGUCAUAAGUUUUUUGGAUCGAUGUAGGAGGUUGAUCUCGGAAGAAAUGUACCUUUUCUCUAAACGUUCCCAUUUACUAUACUGACCUUUUGUAUGGGCUGAUGCUUUAUUCCCUCAUUACGUGCCAAGCAACUCUAAUUCGCAAGUAAAAGCUACUUUCAUCCCCUGUAAAUAAAUGGAGUUUCCAUGAUGUGCCUCUUUCUAAUAAAUUUUAGUUGAUCUUUGUCAGCCAUAAGCCAAUCACAUUCAUCUUUCUUGACAAGCCAUAAGCCCAGCCCCCUAAAUUUCUGUUUUUGAAAAGGGCAUACACUAGGGAAUUAAUUUCUUGUGUGUGUGUGUGUGUGUGUGUGUGUGUGUGUGUGUGUGUGUGUGUGUGUGUGUGUGUGUGUGUGUUUAUAUAUAUAUAUAUAUAUAUAUAGUAAUAGAAAGAGCGUAUGUCAGAGUGUAUUGCCAAUGUUUUUGGAUUUAUUAUGAAUGUUGAUAUUCUGGAUAUUGAACUAUGAUUAUUAUUAUUAUUAUUGUAAUAAUGAUAUAAUGACUGCUGUUAUCAUUUCAUUCUUUAAUUUAAUUUAUUUUUGAAUGAUUCUGAAUUUAUAUUUUUUCGGGUGGGCUAAUUAUAGAAGUUAACUAAACUGAUGAAUAAAGAAAUAAUUAAAUUCUUUUGUAAUUCAUUUAUCUUAUUGGAUAUGGCAUUUUUGGUUUCUCUAUCUGUCUGUUGAUUUGAUAUUGAUGCCACUCUCACUUUCAGCUUCUUAUGAUCUUCAUAAACUAAACAGAGGAAAUCCUUCCUUAUUAAUGCCUUCAUCAGAACGGAAGACUAAACAGAAAGAAACACAGUGAAAAAUUGUGAUUUCAGUAUUGAUGUUCAGUCUCAGGCAGGUUAUUUUUUUAUACACACCUCUCUUUUCAAAUUCCCUGUUGAUGAAUCCCAAAUGCAGCUGCCAUGGUGAUACCAGCUGGUCUGUCUGUUAAUCUUGUCCAGAGAUGAAGGCUUGACGAGAACAGGUCUGAUUAUCAAUAUUUUAAUGUCUGGCUCACAUCUCACCUACAAAUCAAAAGAAUAAAAUAAGAAAUAAUAUUUUACUUUAAGAAUUUUUUACAUUGUGUUUUUGUCAUUCCUGUACAGGAUGUUUGCCUACCUUAAAGGAAUAUUCUGAGUUCAGUAC